CACUGUUUAACAUAUGUUAGUUGAGAUUUAUUGGUACUAUACUCGUUCUUGUCUAGUUCUAUUUUCAAGAUUAAUAAAGUGUGUAAUUCGUACUUAGGGUUUCCCAAAAAUCUAUCUAACAUUAUCUUAAUCUUUCAAUUGAAAUAGGGGCCCUAUUUACUUAAAUGCAAUUUUUUAAUGUAAUUUUUAAUUUAGCCUGUUCUAUAACCUCACAUUAUUUGUCAUAACAUGUCAUCCCAAUUUUGAAGUCAUGUAGGAUUUAAGUUGUGGGUUUAUUGGGGACAAUAUUUAAAAAUGGGAGGCAUAUUUGGAAAAAAGAAACCCCGAAGUCGAGUAACCGCACAGGAUAAGGCAGUUUUGCAACUGAAACAGCAAAGGGAUAAAUUGAAGCAAUACCAAAAGCGAAUAGAACUCACAUUAUCCUCUGACCGAGAAUUAGCCAAGCAAUUGCUCAAAAAAGGCCAGAAGGAUCGAGCUCUGUUGUUACUAAAGAAAAAACGCUAUCAGGAACAACUUUUAGUAAAAACUGAUAACCAACUAGAGAACCUUGAAAAACUGACUCAUGACAUCGAGUUUACCCAAAUAGAACUGGAAGUUGUCGAGGGCUUGAAGCAAGGAAAUGAGGCACUGAAGAAAGUGAAUCAAGCUAUUAAUAUCGAAGACAUUGAGAGGAUACUGGACGAAACUAGAGAAGCGAAAGAAAAACAAGAUGAAAUAUCCAGUUUACUUAGUGGAGGUUUGACACAAGAAGAUGAAGACGCUGUAGAAGACGAAUUGGCUCAAAUACUGAAGGAGCAAAUGCCUGAAGUACCAUUAGAUGAUGUUGUAGGAAAUGAGGAACCGGCUUCUGCAGAAGAGGUUGCUAAACGUGUUAAGAAAGAGAAAGCCAAAAAGUCCCCCGCCGCCACGGAACGAGUGGCAGUGGAAGCCUAAUUAUAACAAAACAUCGCUUUUGUAUAUUUUAAGUAUUAUCUGUACGGAAUAAUAUAAGUAAUAUAUUUGUCAUAAACUUCCUAA